AAAGUCAAAAUUGUAUACCUCAUUUAUCAUCUUCGGUUCAUCUUUCAUCACAAAAAAAAAAAAAAAGUUUGAUGAAAAUCUGAAUUGUUGUAAGUGUAAAUGAUAAUAAUAUGAAGCUGCAUCACAGAAAGUUGGUUGUACCAGAAAUAUGUGAAUGGAUAUGUCAAGGUAAGAACUCUUUGUCUAAUUGUUCAUCAAACAAAGAUUGCAGUGUUUGUUUCAAGAUCUGUCUAACCAAACCUCAACUUUCUUAUCCAUAUUCUCCACCACCACCACCACCACAAGUUCCUUCUUCUUUCUAUUCAUUAGAUGAAAAUCAAAACCAUCACAAAAUCAUCACUUACUUCAUCCUUACACUUUCUCUUCUUUCUUUUAUUUUCUUUCUUGUUUGUUGUCGUUUCAUCUAUAUCAAGUUAAGAUCAAAGAGAAGUUUAAGGCUACAACCAUCAUCAUCAUCAUCAACAACAACAACUCAACAAGUAGAUGUUAAUAAUCUUGAUGAUGAAGAACAAUAUGGUUCUAUGUUGGACCACCCCAUUUGGUAUAUCCGUACAAUUGGUCUUCACCAAUCUGUUGUCAAUGCAAUAAGUGUUUGUAAGUAUAAGAAAGGUGAAGGUUUGAUUGAAGGAACAGAAUGUUCUGUUUGUUUGAGUGAGUUUGAAGAAAAUGAGAAUCUUAGACUUUUACCAAAGUGUCAUCAUGCUUUUCAUUUACCUUGUAUUGAUACUUGGCUUAGUUCACAUACAAAUUGUCCUAUGUGUAGAGCUCCUAUUGUUACCAACCCUACAACUACAAGGGUAGAGUCUUUGGAGUCUUCUAUUGUUGUUGAUUCAAGUUCAUUGGGACAGACCCAAAUGGAAAAUUUUGAGGAAAAUAGUAAUGAAGGAUUUGAAAGUAGUGUUUUUGAUUCUCAAUUGAGGAAUAGGAUACAAGAAGAUGGAGAAGGCCAAUUGGGGGGGUGUGAAAAUGAAAGACAAGUCCAUGACGCCGUUACCGUUCGGCCUAGGAGAUCUGUUUCCAUGGAUGAUUCUUUUGUUGCAAAUGUUCUAUCAAUAGAAUCUAAUGUUGAUUCAAGUAGAAAGGUUAAUGGAAUUGAUAAUUUGGCAACUACAUCCAAAGGUAGUAGUAGUUUUUCUAUCAGGUCAACAAGAUAUUUGAAGGGUGUUUCUAGUCCAAUGAAGAGGUCAAGUUCCUACAAUGGGAAAUAUCUUCUGUCUUGGUAUAGCCGCAGUAAGAAGAAGCCAAAUGCUAUUCUAAGAAGCUCUUAAAUUACUUUGCUUUUAUGCUAACUAAUCAACUAAAAUGUGUGUAUGUAUGUAUGUAACUCAGUAACUCUCAACAAGCUGAGAGGCUGAGACUUUUAAAGUUUUCUGUAUGCAUCAAAAACAUUAUGUGAUGUGUCAAGUGUAUAAUAGUAGCAAAACAAAAAAGUUACAAAUAAAUUUUGCUUUGUUAUUUAUUUGUCUAUGUGAUCAACUAAUGAUUCAGUUAUUAUUUAA